AUGCCCAGAGGGGGGUUUGGAAACGCGAUGCACGUAAUAUGGGUCGUAGCUCCUUUUGGAUCGAGCACGUUUGCGGAGUUACUAUCCGCCCCUUAUUCAGAAGACGUAGGCGGCGAAACUCUCGACCCCUUUCCCGAAGUUGUAUUUCACUCGCAGCCAUUAAGUCCUGCACCACUGCCCAGUUUUCAAGAAAUUUACUCUCCCAGAUUUCCUACCAGACAAACUAAAUCGCCCGAGUUGAAUAAUAUCGGUAUAAAAAUGGAUGAAGACUAUGUUGUGUAUCAUCAUCAUCAUCCCUCGCCGGCCAUGCCCACGACUCCCAUUCAGAGUCCUUACGAUUUUCAUUCGCAACAUUUUUCUCCUUACUACCAACAGCAACCCCAUCACCCGAAUCAGGGAUACGAGUCUUCCGGCGGUCCGCAAGACUCGUAUUCCUUACCACAUUUUCCAACGUCGGAGUUGCACAUAAAUACCACAUUGAACCUCCGUCAGAGAAGAGCUUCUCUUCCUUUGCAGCGAUCCGAAUCGACUAAUAGUAGCGACUCACCGAAACUCCGAAUGGGCAUGAUGACCGGACCACCUCCCAGCGCUUCAUCGUCGGCAUCGUCAUCUCCCGGUUGCGGCGUACCGGAAACGGUCGCACCGUCCCUUUUACCGCGUCCGGCUCCUCAAUCUCCUUCUCAGUUGUGCGCGGUGUGCGGCGACACGGCGGCGUGUCAGCAUUACGGUGUUAGAACGUGCGAGGGUUGCAAAGGUUUUUUCAAACGCACUGUUCAAAAAGGAUCGAAAUACGUGUGUCUGGCAGACAAAUCUUGUCCCGUGGACAAAAGGCGACGAAAUCGAUGCCAGUUUUGCAGGUUUCAAAAGUGUUUAGCCGUCGGAAUGGUGAAAGAAGUUGUGAGAACUGAUAGUCUUAAAGGACGAAGGGGACGGUUGCCAUCAAAACCAAAGUCGCCCCAAGAAUCCCCUCCAAGUCCUCCCGUGUCGCUGAUAACUGCUCUAGUUCGCGCUCACGUGGACACCACACCAGAUCUCGCUAACCUGGACUUUUCCCAAUACAGGGAACCGAUUCCCGGAGAACCGCCCAUGAGUGAAGCUGAAAAAAUUCAGCAAUUUUAUUCGUUACUCACGACUUCCGUUGAUGUGAUAAGACAUUUCGCUGAUAAAAUUCCUGGAUUCACGGAACUGACCAAGGAGGACCAGGAUCUUCUAUUUCAGUCCGCAUCCUUAGAAUUAUUCGUUUUGCGACUCGCUUACAGAACAAAAGCAGAUGACACAAAGUUGACAUUUUGUAACGGAGUGGUUCUUGAUAAACAUCAAUGCCAAAGAAGCUUCGGAGAUUGGCUUCAUGCAAUUUUAGAUUUUUGUCAAUCGCUCCACGCCAUGGACAUCGACAUAUCAGCUUUUGCUUGUUUAUGCGCCCUAACAUUGAUAACAGAACGUCACGGAUUAAAAGAUCCGCAUAAAGUAGAGCAGCUUCAAAUGAAAAUAAUCGGAUCACUGAGAGAUCAUGUUACCUACAAUGCAGAAGCUCAAAGAAAGCAACAUUACUUUUCCAGACUAUUGGGAAAGCUUCCGGAACUUCGAAGUCUCAGCGUUCAGGGACUCCAGAGGAUUUUUUAUUUAAAACUGGAAGAUUUGGUGCCAGCACCGCCUUUAAUUGAAAAUAUGUUUGUUGCAAGUUUUGGAAAAAAAAAAACAAAAAUUACACGAAAUGAAGAUGAAACUCGCGAAGAACCGACCGAAUCCACCGCCGAGAUUUAUUUAUUUACUAUCCUCGGGCGCUAA